AUGGCGUCACUUUUGGUUGAACCGCUUAUAUGCGGUUCACUGCUUGCUACGAAGCUAACACUCCGUAUCCCGUUUAGCAUAUUAGAAAAUGAAGGUUCAAGGCGCGGCGGUCGAGGUCUUAAAAUUGAGGAUUUUGAACCUCCUUCAAUUGGAGCUAGUAUUAGGUCCAGUUUACGUUCAUGCCGCAGGUCAUCUAAUGCUGCGGAUCAGAAAAAUAAUAAAGGUGGUCUAGUGAUGAUCGAUAGUUCUUCCGAUGAUGAUUUUGGUGAAUUGAACAUAUUGAUUAACUGCGGUUGGUCACUAGAGUUUGAGCAAGAGUCUAUCGAGCUUUUGAAAGCACACGCUAACAAUGUUGAUGUUAUCAUCCUAACUGAUGGUGAUUUUCAGCAUGUUGGCGCUUUGCCUGUGAUUUUUGCGUGGUUACGUGACCAGCGAGGUAACGAUGAGGUACCGCGUAUCCUUUGCACUGAGGGUUGCUACAAGUUUGCGCGAGCAUGUCUAGUGGACGUUUUGGAGAAUGCGGCUUUUUCUUACAAGUUUUACGAGUAUACUCUUGCAGAUUUAGAGUAUUUUUACGAUGGUUGUAGCAAAUUGCGUUAUCACGAGAGUUAUCGAUACACCAAAUUGGGUGAAGGCUGGAGAGCUCAAAUUUCACUUACACCAUUGAAUAAUGGUGUAUCGAUUGGCGGUGCUGUUUGGAAAUUGGAGAUUGGUGCUCGUACUGUUGUAUGCGGGCCAACAUAUCGUGCCCAGGCUGCAUGGUACUUGGAUUGUUGUGAUGUAAAUUCGCUUAGGCGUCCUGAUGUGUUCAUAACCCACGAUCAGCCUCCUCUGUGGGACAAAUCCAAGAAGCUGCUGCCAUUGGAAUGUAAUAGCAUGGAUUCUAUAUUAUCAGCAAUUGGUGCUACCCUUUGUUCACAAGGUUCGGUAUUGAUCCCUGUGGACGUGAGUUCUCAUUUGCUAGAUUUAUUGCUCCAUUUGAAUUCUGUGUGGGCUAAUUCGAAUUUGUCGCAAUACCCUAUAGUUUUGGUAUCACCUAUUGCAGCUCAAUUGGUGCUUCUUUUUGCAACCUGCAUAGAAUAUUUGCGUUCGAGUCUGUGUCACAGUUUUUUACGUACGUUGUGGAACCCUGUGUUCAAUAUGGAUUUCAUCCAUCCAAUAUCUAGUAUGGAUGAGCUUCGUAAGUAUACUAACAUGCCAUGUGUUUAUAUUUCAACAUCGAGUUCCACAAAUUUUGGCGUCUCAAGUUAUUUGUUUGCAGCUUUAGGUUGUUCUAACCGUAAUACUGUGAUUUUUACUAAUGAGACUGCUGAGGUCCGUAACCUUUUGCAACGAUAUCAGGAAUUCACUUGGCGUAAUACGGAGCGUGGUUUGGAUCACGAGUUUAAUUUACGUCUUAACUUGGUAUCUCCCGAGGGUUCUGGUGAUACUGAGAUGGAAUCUCCAGAUGAUGUUGAAUUCGUUUCUAAUGAGCCUGAGGCCUCUGGUGGUGAUGAAUCGGCGGCUCCAUUGGAUGAGGAGGUGAGGACUGACUUUCUUUUCAAGGACAGCCAUUACUUUACGGUGCAUAACGGUUUAGGUACGUACCUACCUGCACCUAUAAUUCGUGAUGAUGUAGAGAGUAGUGGUCGUCCGAAUGAUGGCAAUAUGGAUUAUGGUUUAUCUUACACCUCUAUGUCUGCGGCUGAACUUGAUCCUAACUUACUGUCACCUGGUGCCAUCCCCGUAUUUGGUGAUCCGUCACCUAAUGCGUUAGCUCCAGAUGUUUCCAUACCUCCCAUGCGUAUCCCUCCUACUUCCUUUGGUUUUAACCCUUUGAACGAGUAUUAUACUGAUCAUUUAGGGAAGUAUGAGCCUGCACCUAUUAUCUUUGAGGAUGAGAGUGCAACUUCUCGUGAGGAGAAAUCUAGUUCGGAGACAUCUAGGUUGUUCCACAAGCGUAUCCCUCUGGUUAUCAAGAGUGGUUUGUAUGUGACUCGUUAUUUGCAGCAUCAUCACGCUCAAAGUGAGCUAGUAUCGUUUAUACGUGACAUAUGUCCUAGUAGUAUCGUUUUGCUUCCAAGGACUGAUGAUAUCGGUGAUUUGGUUGAUAUUGAGCGUUGUGUUCGUGACUCUGUCCCUGGUUGUGGUACAAUUUACAGAUAUUCUGAGGAGCUUUGCAAAUUGCAUAAGUUAGGUAAUAGACCUGGUAAGGUCCAUCCUCGUAUUUCUAUACCAUUGGAUUUGCGUCAGGAGUUGGUUAACCGUUCGAAGAUGUUCUAUUGUGCAUCUCAGCAGUUAUUGGAUUUGGCGCGUGGUCCUACUCUAAUGCCUCCGAAGAGUUUGCGUCAGCACCCACGAAUAGAACGCAUAAUGACUGUGCUUGCUUCCAUUGAUAGGUGGAAGCGUGUUCAUAACCCUCGUCGUGCAUAUCAAGCUAUAGUUCGUUUUGAGAUGGAUCAGGGUACACGUGUAUCAGAGAGUGCGAGUAUGUUACGUUGUCUAUCAUUUUGGUCAGACCGUCCUUCUCGCAUACCUGAUUUCGUAUUAUCUGUUACUGGUGAACGUCAUUUGAACGAGGUUGACGGUGAUAUUGGUGACGGUAUGGACUUAGAUAGUGCUGAUUCGAAUGCGUCGUCGUCUGGUGACGCUGCGCCCACGGAUAGCGUCAUCGGUCAUUCAUUGGACCACAGUUUAUAUACUGGUGAUGUUGGUAUGCCUGAAUUAGUGAAUUAUUUGGAAUCUUGCAUACCUAACUCUUGCAGCGUCGAUCGUGGUGUAUUGCGAAUAAAUAGCAACACUAACGACACUGCAGAUGUUGCAGAGAGUCUGUUUAAGCUUCGUGAAUGUCUUGGGGAGUACCGGACAGAGGUUCAUCGUUUGGGGUCUCGUUUAAAUGAUUUAGAGCGUGAGAAUGAUACAUUGAGGCAUCUAUGUGUUAGUAUUGGUGGUAUAUGGGAUGUAUUAAACGAUGACUUGGAUGCUACAUUUAAGUCGCAUCCUGUGUCAAGUGACGGUCCUGGAGAUGUUGUAUCUGAUGAGUUCCUGAAGCUUAUAUUACGUACGCGCCUACCGUAUUCCAUUACUUUAUUAAAGGAUCCAGGUUCUGAAUCACCUAAAGUCACUAUUGAUAGUGAGUCCAUCGCAACAUCAUUGAGCUGUAAGUCACAGUCUCAAUUUCAUGCUACAAAGAAUCUUGUUACUGUAGAUAAUCCUCAAACCUUUUUGGUUAGCCAUGUUGAAGCAUUUAAUCGCAGGAAAGAUGCACUUGUGCAGAGAAUACAGCAAUCACUUGCUAGGCCGGUUCGUGCUGUUGUAGAUAGUGAGUCUCUAGAGAAGGAGGGUACAGAUACAGAUCGAUUAUCCUGUGAGCAAGGGAAGCGUCAGAUACUGGAAUUUGCAGUUAUUCGUUUAUGCGAUACUGUGAAAGAGCUGAGUGACCGUGUAAAAACGUAUCGUGCAGAGUGCGGUGGUCUAAAGAUUGAGGUUUCGAGAUUAUUAAAGCUGAACGCAUCUUUACGUCAAUCUUUUAGUAAUAAUAGUUUGGAUAUCUCCAAUGUCUACAGUGCUUCAUCUAAGGAUUACUAUUCGUUUGAUGGUACUAGCACAGGCUCAAGAACAAUUACUGAAGAGAAUAGUCCUGCUAAUUCUGUUCGUAGUGUUGAAGAUGUGACUAUCGAGUUUAUCAUCGGUUCCUCCCUCUAUUCUCGUUUAUAUAAGCUCUGUCAAUCUCAAGACGAUGCGAUUUCACGUUUGGAGCGUGAGAAUGCGGCUUUACGUAAGCGUGCUGAGGAGGUAGCUUUAGAUGGUGACCGAAAAUUGUAUGAGGACCUACGUCAACUGGAAGCUAUCCAGACUGAAUUUAUACAACGUAUUGAUGAAUAUGAGCGUCGUUUAGAUUCAUGUGCGCAACAGCUGUCACAACAUCGCGAUAUGCAAAAGUCGCUAGAAGAAUUGAUCAUAGCGGUCCGUGGCGAGCGUGAUGUUGCUUUGUCAGAGUUGCAAUCCCGGGAUAAACUUGUUAGCGAGCGUCUUCGUAAGAUGGCUGAGGUGAUAAAAACCUUUUCUCCAUGCGAAGGCAACUCUUCACCCGAUCCUGCCCUUAAGGAUUACAAGGCCCAAUUGCAGGACCUUUCUUUUGAGUUAGAGGAGAUAAGCGGUGCUUAUGAGGAGAAAGUGAAGCAAACUGAGUCAUUGCAACAGCGGGUUCAGGAGCUAUCUGCCUAUCGUGCGAAAUGUGCUACUCUUGAGGUCGAGUUGCGUGGUAUGGAGGAUAAAGUCAGCCGUGCGAUGUCAUUUUGUGACCGUAAGGUAGCUGCAUCAUACCAGCACAAGGAUGACAUGCUUCGUCGUCUGGAGGCUUAUAGGAGUAACUGGGUUUCAUCAUACAGUCGUGCGUUAUUCUUUGAGAAGAAGCGUGACAUGGCCGCUUCUGCUUUAUGUGAAACCCAGUGUCGUUUACGUGAGUGCCAGCGUGAGCAUGAGCAGCUGCAGUCUCGUGUGACCCACCUGGAGGGCCUCUUGAGCCACGGCACUGCUACAACUUCUACAGAUCAGACAGUUUCACCUGGUGGUGAAAUGGAUAGUAUUAUGCGUGAGAACGACGCGCUUCGGCGCCGCAUGACCUGUACUGUAUGUUCGGAGCAUUUUCGCGACCGUUGUUUGACUAAAUGCGGCCACGUGUUUUGCGAGCCGUGCAUAUCUAGUUUCUUCAAGUCGCGCAACCGCAAAUGCCCCGUGUGCAAGGUAGGAUUCGACCGCAACGAUGUACGGCGCAUAUACCUCGAGUAA